AUGACUAUCGGAGUUCUGAAAUUCGUCCUCAUUAUAUUUGAAGCAAAUCUCUUAAGUGCUCAAGAUGAGAAUCCGGACGAGCUAAACCUCGACGAGAUCCAGAAGAAGCUGCAGGAAUGCAAGUCCUUUUUCAAGAAUAUUGAGUGGGCGUCGUUUGCAAACAACACUGAAUCUGCUUGCCGUUCGAUAGCCCUCAUGAAAAACUGUUUGACGGCGAUAUGGAGCAAGGCGGGCACAUUCGAUAAAAGAGUCCUGGAUAGCUUCCCUGACCUGAAGCAUCUGAGGACCAAGGAUAACUUCUGUGAAAUGUUCAGUACUGGAGGAGAUGGCGAGCUCGUUGGAUCGAUAAGAUGCGUAUUCAAGUAUUACUCGAAAGAUUUCGUAAAGGGCAAUGCACGCGGAUGUAUUCAGUCAAGUAUCGAUGCUGAAUUCUGCUCAUAUUUGAACGAGGAGAUAUUUUGCUUCGCUGCCAUGUACCACUACGUAGACCCCAACUGCACAGGUAGCUUCGAACGCUUCUACAUGAACUACGCCACCUUCCAUAGACAGAACGAGAGAGAAUUCUCCAUUGAUUGCACUUUCGAAUUCAGUUAG